AUGUUUCAUCCUCCGGUCUUCGUAUUCCUCCUAUGUCUACCAACGGUGUUAUCAGUCCCGUCGGUGUACAGCAAGGUCUCCGAAAGUCCCGAUGCCAAGCGUGUCGUCGAGGUCCGUAUAUAUAUCAACGAGACCAGAGACGGGAAACAAGUGCUCGGAAACACUACAAUUUGCAGCGGUGUGCUGUUGGCUGAGGACAUUGUCGCGACCGCCGCACAUUGUCGACAUCCUGAUUGGUACGUAUGUACAUUUGCUCGUUUUUUUAACACUCUAUUAGGCCCUUGGCAAAGUACUUCGUCAGGCUUGGAGAGCAAGAGGUGCCCGUCGCAAGCUACUACGGCAAAACACCGACAUUGGUAGGUCCCAAGAACAUGUGCACAUACCGCUGAUCAGCAUGACAGAUUAUUCAUUUUUAGGAGGAGUGCAACGACAACGCUCUUUUAAUUUUGGAAAAGAACAUUACCGUACAAACGGCAUCUCCUUUAUACGUUUACUGUGGGGAGGUCUCCGAUUUGGAAGAUUGUGCUGGCUAUGGCUACGGGUUAACAGAACGUAAGUUGGGAUUCAUUAUAAACUGUGAGAGUUUAGAUAAUGCCAAGUCGCGGGAGGUGCGUGAAGCGCAUUACACAGUAAGGAAACGGCAACAAAGUGAUGAGUAUGGAACUAACAGCUGUCUAAUGGCGUCAUACCACAGUAAAGCAAAGAUGUGCUACGUAAGGAGAUGUUUGCUAAGCUAAAAGUCCCUCUAAAUGAAUCAUAUUUUUUUCUUCUGUGUACAGGGCGACUCGGGCGGACCAACUAUCUGUAAAUUUCAAGGCCUCUCCACGCUCGUGGGCGUCAGUUCACAAAUACAAGCCUAUGUGGACGGAACAUCGCCGAAGAUUAACACCGUGGAAGAAGCAGUUUCGUUCUGCAAAUUAUCCUCUGACUUGUUAUUGGCAAAAAGUGUCAAUAUGAUUCGACUGCUCAACGAAAUCCCAGGUGGCGACAGAAAAUAUAUUCUGAACCGAAUUAAGACCAUGCAUUGUUACGUUAAGUAA